AUGUCCGGAGGGUUAUCGUUUGAGAAUUAUCAGAGAAAUGUGCAUCUAGCGGAAAAGUCGCACAAGCAGCCCAAUGCUACGUCUACUGGUACUACAAUUGUUGGUGUGAAGUUCAACGGAGGCGUUAUAAUUGCUGCAGACACAAGAUCUACACAGGGUCCAAUCGUUGCAGAUAAGAACUGUGAGAAGUUACAUCGUAUUGCUCCUAGAAUUUGGUGUGCUGGUGCUGGUACUGCCGCUGAUACCGAGGCUGUGACGCAAUUAAUCUCGUCGAAUAUUGAAUUACAUUCAUUAUACACUGGAAGGGAGCCUAGAGUGGUAUCGUCGCUACAGAUGCUAAAACAACAUUUGUUCAAGUACCAGGGUCACAUCGGUGCAUAUCUAAUUGUUGCUGGUGUGGAUCCUACUGGUGCGCAUCUAUUUUCGAUCCAUGCUCACGGUUCAACAGAUGUGGGUUAUUACCAAUCUCUUGGUUCAGGUUCCCUUGCAGCAAUGGCUGUGCUAGAAGCCAAUUGGAACCAAGACUUGUCAAAGGAAGAAGCUAUUAAGUUAGCAUCCGAUGCCAUUGAGGCAGGUAUCUGGAACGAUUUGGGUUCAGGUUCUAACGUCGAUGUGUGCGUUAUGGAAGUUGGGAAGGACGCUCAAUUAUUGAGAAACUACUUGUGUCCAAACGUCAGAGAACCAAAACAACAAUCAUACAAGUUUGCCCGUGGUACUACAGGUGUGCUUAAGGAAUCUAUACUAAAAGUAUGUGAUAUCGAUGAGGAAACCGUAAACAUUACGGCUUGA